AAACAUUUUAGAAAUCCAAAGUAGUCUUAUGAAGUCUAACUAGCCGACUCGUUACUGUUAACAUAAAAACGACGCCGUUAUUCCCUCAGUCCUCUUCUUCCUCCCACUUCUCUUACAUUUCUAAAACCCUAAUAACACAAUUCUCUGCAAAUUACUAAAAAAAAAAAUGGCAUCUCUAGUUUCAAAAACAAGACUCAUUUCUCGGAUCCGUGCCCCAUCAAUAGUUUCAACUCUAUGCACAGUUACAGAAACCCGAACCCAAAAGCUAGAACGUAUCGCCGACCAACUUCUAGACCUAAAUAAGAUCGAAAAAUAUGAUUACGCCAUUCUAUUCCGUCACAAAAUGGGCCUUAAUCGAUAUGGGCCUGCCGUUUCGGGUCUGGGCUCCGGAUCUUCCUCUGCUGGGCCCGGUGCAGGGGCUACAGAUGCAAAGGUUGAAGAAAAAAUUAUAUUUGAUGUAAAGCUUGAUAAGUUUGAUGCGGCGGCUAAGAUUAAGGUGAUUAAGGAAAUUAGGUCUUUUACUGAUUUGGGUUUAAAGGAAGCUAAGGAGUUAGUGGAAAAAGCGCCAGCUGUGGUGAAAAAAGGAGUGACGAAAGAUGAAGCUAAUGCUAUUAUUGAAAAACUCAAGGCAAUUGGUGCUACAGCGGUAUUAGAAUGAUUUUUUUAUUUUAUUUUUUCAAUUUUGCCGAAUGUUUUUAUAUUUUAAAUUGUUAUUUUCAUGGGGAAUGGAAAUGGAAAGGGGAAUUGUAGUCCAUUUUGAUGAAUUUUGGUUGCAUAAUGCUAGGGACUUUACUACAUUGAUUUUGGUACUUGUGUCCCUUUGCUGUUUAUAGUUCCUGGUUUACUACUUCAAUAAACUUUUAUGUUAGCUCA